CCACGUUCCAAUAUUCUAACAGCAACAUUGAAAAUGAGCUGUUAUGGCUGUUAUGGCUGUUAUGGCGGAGAACAGAAGAGGUAACAGCGGUUUCUCGUUAAGUCCGGCAUAAAAGCCGACGUCUCUUACCGAUCCUGGACCGGAACCAAGGUGUUAGCAGUAACGAUAAAGCUGUAUCAAACACCCCGCCAAUCGAGACCGGCUGAGUCGACAUAAAACCAUUCCUAACUCCGGUGUCGUCAUGUAAGGCGUAGGAAAAGUACAUUUUUGGAUCUUGUUUCUUGGAAGUAUCAGUAUUCGCUAUUCGGCAGGUCCAAAUCAUUAAUCGCAAACUGUCUAAUUAAUAUCCCUUUCAUCUAGUCCUUGAUCUUGCUACCUCUAGUUGACUGCGAACCAUCGAAUUAACCAUCCUAUAGCUGCCAACAGGAAGGCUGCUGCUACCGUAAUAAUCUACCUAAUCUACGUAAACCCGCGCCGAUUCUCAGACUGUUGCUAGGCAUACAAAUCUAGAGCUUACGGCCUAGAUACAAUGAGUAGUUCAGGAUCCGAGAAUGCCGAAGGCCGUCGUCCGCAGUAUUAUGUCGCCGCCGAAGACAAUGAAGACGACGACCAUGACCCCGACUACGAAGACAACGAAGAAGAGGAUGAUGAAGUAGAUGAAGAUGAUAUGGAGCAUGACUUAUUUGAGGAAGAGGAUGAGUUUCAUGAUGCCGAAGAGGGACACAUUCAAUUCUUGGUCCAGGUAGAGGAUGACGAUGACGAUGAGGGCGGCAAUGCGGAAGGAUCGCAAUCCCCCGAUGCCGAACGGACUGCCAUACAACAGCGUCUAAUUAACUUAAUAAGUCGUCGAACUGGUCUGUUGUCGCGACGUCAAGUACUAGACUUCCUUCGAAGAUCGAACCUCGGUCACUUAGCAUUCGGCGAAGAUGACGACGAGUUUGGGAGACGAAGGCGUGAAUUAGACCCGGAUAGGUUUCCCAAGGUCCCCAGUGAUGAGGGGAGGGAGCUGAUGGAUUCCGGCAACUUUGGCGUCAACGACAUUUACAGCCCUAUCCAGUCAAAGAAGCGGCUAGCUCGCCGGAUAUUGGAUCGCGAAUUAGGCAUAGGGAACAGAUCAUCGCGCAAGAUCAACCAAGGCUUGAUGGCGCAGUCUAUGAUCCCUAGCUCGGCUGCCGAUAUGAUUAUCAAUUAUGACGACAAUGUUUAUUCUGGCCAAUUCUCAGAUGAUGGCAAUUUCUUCUUCGCGUGCGUUAAGGAUAUGAAAGUUCGGAUGUAUGACACUUCCAAUCCUUAUAACUGGCGGCAUUACAAGACAGUGCCCUUCACAUUUGGGUCUUGGACGUUGACGGACGCAUCGUUAAGUCCUGAUAAUAAGUGGCUAGCGUACACCUCAAUCCAAGACAACGUCUGCUUAGCGCCAACGGAUCCUAACGACACGGGUGACCCUUAUAUGUUAAAUUUAUCAUCAACCGGGGGAGUUGGGUGGCACGCAGAGUUUGGUAUCUUUUCGAUUCGGUUUUCUGGUGACGGACGGGAGCUUGUUGCUGGAACGAACAAAAAAUCUAUAGUGGUCUAUGAUAUUGAGUCGCGGACGGUAUUGCAUUCGAUCGAAGGACAUGAUGACGAUGUCAAUGCUGUGUGCUUCGCCGAUAAAUCGUCGCCGCACAUCCUUUAUUCGGGAAGUGACGAUACCACAAUCAAGGUGUGGGAUAGGCGGAGCAUGGGCGAUGGGCGCGAGGCCGGCGCGUUUGUCGGUCACAUCGAAGGCCUCACGUACAUUGAUAGCAAGAAUGACGGAAGGUAUCUGAUAAGCAAUGGCAAGGAUCAGAGCAUGAAGCUGUGGGAUCUCAAGAUGAUGUAUACCACAGCGCAAUUCGAAGAAAAGAACCCGCGGCGUCACACUCGGUUUAGCGAGUUUGACUACCGAUGGGGGCAGUUUGACGACACGGAUUGGUUCCCACACCCAGACGACAACUCACUUGUCACGUUCCGCGGCCACAAGGUUCUCCGGACACUGAUUCGCUGUCACUUCUCGCCCCCUGGGAGCACCAACUCUCGAUACGUGUAUUCGGGCAGCCAUGAUGGAAAGGUAUACGUCUACAAUAUGGACGCAACGAUCGCUGCCACCAUUGACGUCAAGAAUUCGACAUCUCAAGCUCGGACGUUACCGCGAGCAGGCGGAUCGUUCCGCCAAUUCUAUAAUGGUGGCCUGCCCGGGUGGUCUACGGUCGUGAGGGAUGCGAGUUGGCAUCCUAAUGCCCCGUUCAUUGCUGCCUCGUCGUUGAACGGCUGGGAUAAUGCUAUGGGCACCGUCUCAUUACACUCCUAUAAUGAAUCCUCAUUUGACGAGGGGGAACCCCGGAUGGGCACUGGAUACGAUGAGAAGCUGAGACCGAUGAGCGUCGGCCGUAGUGUCGCUCGAUACGAUUCAGACCUUGAGGACGAAGAAGACGAUGAUAUCUUCAAUUAAAAGGUGUUAUGUGACGGACAUGAAAAUUUAGGAUUAGUAAGUGAUACAUGACUAACGGAUUUACAGUAUGACAUGUUUAGGCGUCUAGGAAAUUUCUGAGGAUGAAAGUCAUGAAGGUAUUAGGACCGAGCUCUUCAUCUUGUUCGUUUAGAUCGGAUAUUGCAAUGAAAUUUUGUACAGUGGCCUAGCAAGGUCCUAACUUGGGAAGACAGUAUAGAAGGACAUCCUAUGAUCCCAUAAGCUCGAGCGCCUGUUAAAGAUCUGACAAGACCGUAACUUUUCCUCGACCCAAAUCGCGAUGAAUUCGUAUAUCGUAUAGGAUCACACUACUGUCGAUAUCUCGCAGUGUGGUAUUAAAGGCGUCGU